GCUCCGUCUGGCACAAGUUAAAUUCUUUAUACAUUUACGAUGUCUGUAUACUGUCGGGCAGAAGCUAAGCUCCGUUAAUCAUGCGCGUUAUAUACGUUCAUUUUUUAGGACAAAUUUUUAAGCCAAAAGUGAGCAUGUAAAACUCGGCGAAGAUGUGUGGAAUUUAAACUUUGCACCGCAGGAUUUCUCAGCUUUAAUGUGGAAUGUACCGAUAUAAAUAACGAAUAAGCGGCGCUCGUGAUGGACGGCCUGAAUGACACCUGGAUCGAUGCGCUCCCGGGCGCUCCCAACUCCUCCUGGGAAUAUGGGAACCGGUAUUCCUUAUCCACAGUAGUGGGUCUCGCAGCGCUCGUGAGCUUUUUGAUACUAUUCACUAUAGUCGGAAAUGUUCUGGUCGUCAUUGCCGUUUUGACCAGCAGAGCUUUGAAGGCGCCCCAGAACCUCUUCCUGGUUUCUUUAGCCACCGCGGACAUUCUCGUGGCCACGCUCGUGAUGCCAUUCUCGCUGGCGAACGAGCUGAUGGGUUACUGGCUGUUCGGGAGCGUGUGGUGCGGCAUUUACCUGGCGCUGGACGUGCUCUUCUGCACUUCCUCUAUAGUUCACCUGUGCGCCAUAAGCCUGGACAGGUACUGGUCUGUAACGCAGGCAGUGGAGUACAAUCUGAAGCGCACCCCUCGCAGGGUGAAGGCCAUUAUAGUGAUGGUGUGGCUGAUCUCUGCCGUGAUAUCCUCCCCUCCACUGCUCUCUGUCGACAGUCAGACGGGAGACUCGGAGCAGCCGCAGUGCGAGCUCAACGACGAGACCUGGUACAUCCUCUGUUCGAGCACGGCAUCCUUCUUCGCCCCCUGCGUCAUCAUGGUCCUCGUCUACGUCCGGAUUUACCAGGUGGCCAAAACCAGGACCAGGACCAUGUCCGAGAAGAAACACAGCCUGGACGCGCCCACGCAGACAGAGAACGGCGUCAGCAAGGCCACGUCGGUGGCCAGGCUGAGCGGAGAGCGCGAGAACGGCCACUGUGGCAGCAGGCAUGCCGAGCCAGGCGAGCACAGCACAGUAGAGCCAGAGGCUCCCUCCUCUGCGGAGGUCCCGGGGCAGAGGCCGAGGGAGCAGACCCCAAGCAGGAGCCCGGGCGAGGGGCCGGAACCCACGGACGCGGCGGCGGUGGAGCCAUGCAGACGCACGUCUCGCGCCGGCAGCAGGACCAGGGAGCUGUUCUCCUCACGCACGAGGAGAAGUGGCCGGCGCAAAAGCAGCAGCAGCAGCGUGAAGCGAAGGGCGUCACAGGUGCGGGAGAAGCGCUUCACCUUCGUUCUGGCUGUGGUGAUGGGCGUGUUCGUGGUCUGCUGGUUCCCGUUCUUCUUCAGCUACAGCCUGUACGGCCUGUGCCGGCAGGCCUGCCAGAUCCCAGACGUGCUCUUCAAGUUCUUCUUCUGGAUUGGUUACUGCAACAGCUCCCUGAACCCUGCUAUCUACACCAUCUUUAACCAGGACUUCAGAAGAGCUUUCCAUAAGAUCCUGUGCUUGUCAUGGAAGAAGUCCUUCUAGAAGAAGAACUACCUAGAGCACCGAAGAUGGUUGUCUUUGAUCUUUGGAGACAAAUGUUCUCUGUAGCUCUGAAGAAGUCUUUCAAGUUUUCUAGACCUUAAGGAAAUCUGUAUACAGUAAUGGGGAGUAUCGAUCUAGAACUUUGCUGAACAAUCUUCCAGAGUUUUGAUAAACUGGAGGCAAAAAGAUGUUUGCUCUGACUUCUCAGUUUAAUAGACAGUGAUUCUUGGGGCAAUAGAUGAGGAUAAUAACACACUGUUGCUUCGUCUAAGAAUACAGGUUAUGUGUUCAGUUCGGUUCAAUGGAACCAAACUGCAUAUGUCACCACAGACCACAGAUAACACUGUGCUGGAGCAUGCUUUAUUUUCCUGUGCUUGGAUUGGCUCUGGUCCGCUUGGUGUAGGAGUUAAAGUUAAGACGACGCACAGAUGAACAGAACGUAUCAGUGUUACUGCUGCAGUUGAGAAUGUAAAUCU